AUGAGAUCGAUCUUAGUUCUCGCCUGUUUAAGCGUUGCUUUAGCAGCAAUAAGCGGUGACCUUGUAAAACAGAUUCCUCAGGCCCCUGCAAAUCUUCCGUUCACGAUGUACUCAGGCUACCUUAAAAUCCCAAACUCUCAAGGACGACAAAUUCACUAUGUUUUCUUCACCAGCCAAAAUAGUCCAAGUAAAGAUCCUCUUGUACUGUGGCUCAAUGGUGGUCCUGGAUGCUCCUCUAUGGAAGGCGCCUUUAUGGAGAACGGCCCAUUGGUGUUUUCAGAGCACGAGAUGAAAAUGAGCGUGAACCCUUAUUCGUGGAACCUAAAUGCCUCAUAUAUGUUAAAGUAGCGUGGCGAAUCAGCCCACCUUCUUAGUACUUGCAGCUGAGGAAGCCCAGGGGCUUUGGGGAAGGGAGGAUGGUUUUCAGUAAUAUGCAUCCGGCCAGGUUUUACUUGGCUUGGUGGAGCGCAAUGUCGGAUUAGGCGUACCGUAGCACAUUUCAGGCCAAGGUUUUAUUUGGGAGGAAGGUGGAAUUCAGAGUUGGAAAGGGUCGUUUCAGCAAUACCAGUGAGGUUCCUCCUGGUCAAUCAGCAUCAUAGCAGGUGUUGAGUUCUGGGCUACGAAUUUCCAUCAUGCCCAGCAGGUGACCAAAAAAUUUCGCUUUCGAAUUUUCCAGAAGCCAAACCCGUGGACGUACUUCACGGUGACCUAGCGCCUCUGACUCACGGGUAGCGAGUGUAAGCCCUCGUCCGUGAAGAGUAGCACAGUGAAAGCUGUCUUCGGACUAGCAAAUAAGUGGUGGAGUGAUAAGGUGGUGAAUGUGAGCGGAAGAUCAUAGAGGAGUUUUUUGAUAAUUUUAAUUAAGUUUAAGGAACCUAAACGCCUCAAUGCUAUACUUUGAAGCUCCAGCUGGCGUUGGGUAUUCCAUUAUGGGUAAUAUUGCUAACAAUAACACCAAUGAUAACCAGACAGCUGCAGACAAUCUCCAAGCCUUGCUUCUUUGGUUCCAAGGCUUCCCUGAAUACAAAACUAACACCUUUUACGUUUCUGGAGAAAGCUAUGCUGGCAUCUAUGUCCCUACCUUAGUCUACAACAUUUUGCAAUACAAUACAGCCAAUCCUACAACAAAAAUCAACAUCCAAGGAUUUUUGGUAGGAAAUGGAGUCACUGAUUGGACAGUAGACGCUGAUAAUGCUUUUGCAGAAUUCGGAUGGUGGCAUGGUCUGUUUGGCUAUGACUUGUGGAACAGCUGGGUGAAUAAUAACUGCUCAGCUUUUAGUGACGAGCCUAUAUGUGUAAAAAACCAGAACACCAUGUAUGAUUUAUUCACCGAUAUAAAUUUCUAUGAUAUUUAUAGACCUUGUGUGUACCCUGAUUUUGACUAUACAGCCUCUCCUGCUUAUGCGAAGUUUUCUAAUGCAGUCAAGCUCGGAGGAGUUGUUAAUUGUGUCCCUGAUAUAGGACUGACCCAGUAUCUUAAUUUGCCAGGUGUGAGGACAGCUUUUCAUAUAAAUCCAAAUUUGGGAGCUUGGCAGGAAUGCACAAAUUUGAAUUAUAAUACUGACUAUACAAGAGGCUCAAUUUAUCUGUACCCAACACUUUUGAACCCUGCAAAUGGCCUGAGGAUAAGGUUUUAUAGUGGAGAUACUGAUGCCGCAGUACCGACUAUUGGAAGUAGACAAUGGAUCGAAAACUUAGUAACUAAAGGCGUGAUUUCUGUGACCAAACAGUGGAGAGAAUGGCCUUUCAACCAACAAGUGGGAGGAAUGGUCAUUAAUUAUGCACCUUCAGGAUCAACGACACCUAACUUUACAUUUAUGACGAUCAGGGGAACUGGACAUAUGUCAAUCCAAUGGAAAAGACCUCAAGGAUAUCACAUGUUCAUCACUUUUAUUCAAGGGAUUGAUCCUUAA